CGGGCAAAGGGCACACAGGUGCGCCAGAUCCCGAAGGAGGCUUCCAUCCUCGCCUCGUCCUAGCCCGAUAAAGUGCGCAGACGUCCUCGCACGCCGACGAGGAUGGCCGAGUGGAAGAACAGUGGAGGCGCGAAACGCUCGUUCCCCCGUGUCCGGAAGCAUCGAUGUGGCCUGAACGUCGCACGAGGAGAGCCUGCCAGAGUGGGAUGGAGCGAUGGUGGAAACUAGCCUCAUUCCCUGUACGGCCGCGCGCGAUGCGGGUGGGUGAGAGCGAGAGAAAAGGAUAACGCGGCCGCGCAUGCGCGCCACCAGCCUCCGGAACGGCCGACGAGAGAUCUAGAUGGAGUACGGAUCGGGUGGGAGCGCGAGAAGGGGCGGAGAGAGGAGGGAGAAGGAGGAACGUAUACACUGGUCUCGUAGGGCAGUCGUUCCUCCUUCGUCGUUCCUUCGCAAAGGCGCAGACCGCUUUUAAUAAAAUUAUUUUGCGCGACAGGGAGAUAUAAAAGAAGGAAGAAAAGAUCGCGAAACUGUCCCCUACGACCAUAUUAUACCGUAUAUCAUAUCGUUCAACGGUAUACGUAAAACCGGUGUCUUUCGCUCGUUGCAGUAUAUUAUCGGUCGCGUAUAUCACGGUGUCGCUGCUUCCUCGUACCAGCAGUGCAAAGUGGUGGUGCCGGUGGCUAGACGAGAGGAGCAGGCGGAAGAAAGGCGGAGGAAGUUACGAGACGAGGCUCGUCCUUUUCGUCGUCGUCGUCGUGCACGGGAUCGACCGGUAUCGUGUCCCCUCUCUCUUUUGCCCCGCAGAAUCGAGCCGAAUGAUGCCCAAUUGACGAAGACCGCGCAGUCCUAGGAAUGGCCCCAUUCAGUUCCGUCUUCCUGGGCGUCUGGGGAGUGUUCGUGAUCGUCCUUAUACAAGAAUCUAGGCCCGUCAGCUGGGAGGAAUGGUGGACCUAUGACGGUAUUUCCGGUCCCGGGUUCUGGGGUCUCAUCAAUCCGGAUUGGUGGCUGUGCCACAAGGGCAGACGUCAAUCGCCGGUGAACCUGGAACCGUCCAGGCUCCUCUUCGACCCGAACCUGCAACCCCUUCACGUGGACAAGCACAGGGUAGGUGGUGUGCUGGCGAACACUGGCCACAGCGUAGUUUUCGCCGUGGACAAUGACACGCGCCAUCCGGUCAACAUAUCUGGUGGCCCGUUGAGUUAUCGGUAUCAGUUCCACGAAAUACAUUUGCAUUUUGGGUUGGAUGAUCGGACCGGUAGCGAGCACACCGUGGACGGACACGCGUUUCCCGCGGAGUUGCAAAUAUUCGGCUUCAACUCGCAACUCUACAACAACUUCUCGGAUGCGUUACAACGGGCACAGGGGAUCGUGGCGUUGUCUCUUCUUCUCCAGGUUGGAGACCUCUCGAAUCCAGAGCUUCGAAUAUUCACCGAGCAGCUGGAUAAAAUCAAAUAUGGAGGCCAAGCGAUGGAGAUUAAACGUUUCGUGGUGCGGGAACUGCUACCGGACACGAAAUAUUACAUGACGUACGACGGCUCCAUCACGAUGCCAGCCUGCCACGAGACCACCACGUGGAUCAUCCUGAACAAGCCGAUAUACAUCACAAAGCAGCAGCUUCUCGCGUUGCGACAAUUGAUGCAAGGAGACAAGGAUCAUCCGAACGCGCCACUAGGGAAUAAUUUCAGACCGCCGCAGCCGCUUCAUCAUCGCCCCGUUCGAACAAACAUCGACUUCAACGUUCAGGGACCGAAGAACUGUCCGACGAUGAAUAGGGACAUAUACUACAAAGCCAACAGCUGGAAAUAACCCCCUUGGCAAGUUAUGGGGGUGGCUGGAGGUGAACUACGCUUUCCCUGGGUUAAACUGGAGCCACGCAGUUAAGAGGAUAGAAACCCACUGACAUAUCAAUUAAUGAGCGCGACCAGUGGUCAUCGUAUCGAUCAGAUCGAGCAGAGGCCAUCGUGGCGCGUAUGGUUGAGAGGAAGAGUGAGAGAGCGAACGAAAGAAAGAGAGAACGAGCGAGUGAGAAAAGAAGAGAGUCGAGUCAGAAUGUCGAGAAAAAGAGAGAAAGAGAUUAAAAAGAAGAAAAAUGCUUCGUUGUACUAUUAGACGUGAACUGCCAAGUAUGUUUCCAGUAACGAG